CCCGCUGCGGGUCCUGCUGGGCGAGCACAGCCUGAAGGAGCGGGACGGGGCGGAGCAAUGCCUCACCUGGGCGCGCGCCUUCGUGCACCCGCGCUACCUGCCCGGCCGCCAUGACAGUGACGUCAUGCUGCUGCGCCUCAGCGGCCCCGCCCAGCUGAGCCCGCGCGUGCGCCCCGUGCCGCUGCCCCGCAGGUGCCCCCAGGUGGGGGACAGGUGUGUGGUGAGCGGCUGGGGCAGCACCCGCAGCCCGCAAGGUGAGACUCACCUGGGGGGGACAGGUGCGUUCCCGGACGUGCUGCAGUGCGGGGAGGUGUUCACCUGGUCCAAUGCCGCCUGCGCUCACCUGUACCCAGGUGCCAUCACUCCCAACAUGCUUUGCGCCGGCGGCCGCGCCGGGGACAGCACCGACUCCUGCCAGGGUGACUCCGGGGGCCCGCUGGUGUGUGACGGGUACCUGCAGGGCGUGGUCUCCUGGGGGCUGCAGGUGUGCGGCCAGCAGGGCAAGCCAGGUGUGUACAGCCGGGUCUGCGCCUUCACCACCUGGAUCCGCCGCACCAUCCGCGCCAACGGCGGCGACUGACGCACCUGGGCGCACCUGAGACACCUGGGAGGCUUCAUGGCCUCACCUGUGACACCUGAGAGGCUCCUUGUGACACCUGAGGGGUCACCUGGGGCUCACCUGGAGCACCUGGGGGGCACCUGAGGGGCUCCUUGACCUCACCUGUAACACCUGAGUGGCUCC